AUGAUAGCUCUCAGCCUGCUGCUGCUCUUUCUCUGCAGCACCCUUGGGAACUUGGAGCCCCUGGAGGACACCAGCCUACAAUUCUCAGAGCACUUGGAUGCAAAGCAGGAAGUGACCGUGAGAUGGGGGUUUAAUGAGCCAGGGAGUCCUGUUACAUUUGAGGUGACGUUCCCCACCUUGGGCUGGGUGGGAUUUGGUUUCAGUCCCAGUGGCGGGAUGUCUGGAGCAGACAUAGUUAUUGGAGGAAUCCAUCCAAAUGGAAGCACUUACUUCACAGACAGACACGCAGAUGGCACUUUGGUGCCUGCACUGGAUCCACAACAGGAUUACACCCUGCUGUCUCUGAGGGAGACUGGCACAAAAACUGUCAUGAUGUUUCGAAGAAACCUUCAGACCUGUGACAGGAAGGACUUUGUUAUCACUGAAUCUCCUGUACACCUCAUUUAUGCCUAUGGAUCGAAGGAUGACAUUGAACAUCACAGAGGUCAAAGAGGAGGGAAAGAGGUCAACCUUCUUAAACACUCAAAUCCAUUUUAUCCUCCAAAUCCCAUGUAUUUUGACCUGACUGCUGGCAAUUUUGAUGUCCCGGAAGAUAAGACAUUUGUAUAUUGCCGGAUUAUUAAGGGUCCCAACCUUGGACAGAAACACCACAUUUACAGAGUUGAACCUUUGCUCCACAAUGCUGACCUUUCCCACCACAUGCUGGUGUAUGUUUGUCCCAGCUCAGUCCAGGAGGAGUGGGGAGGCGCCUGCUACUUUAAGGAAAACAUCGGGAAGAUCUUCCCUUGUUUGCAGGGGGUGGCAGGCUGGGGGAAGGGAGGAAAGGCUUUCAUUCUCCCACCAGAUGUUGGGAUACCUAUUGGAACAAACAAGUAUCCAUCUUAUUACAGACUGGAAAUACACUAUAACAAUGAGGCACAGAAGCCAGGUCGAAUGGACAACUCAGGUCUGCGUCUGUACUACACAUCUGAGCUGCGCCAGUUCGAUAUGGGUGUUAUUGAAACUGGGGUGCUAACAGCUCCAUUCUACAUAACCUACCUGAUCCCCCCUAAAACUCCUUCAUUUAAGAGCUAUGGCCUGUGCAACACAUCAGAAUUCUCCAGAGUGAUCCCAGGCCCUGUCCUGGAUCUUAACGUUUUUGGCAUUUUGCUGCACACUCAUGGGGCAGGCCGGAAAGUGACAGUUGGACAUUUCAGGAAUGGGGAACAAAUUGGUUUCUUGAGUAUAGAUAACAACUACGACCAGAACUUCCAAAGAGUACAGCAGUUUGGAAGAGUUGUGCCAGUCAAGCUGGGUGAUGAAAUUUUAGUGGAAUGUACGUACAAUACUGAGGAUCGCAGUACAACCACCUUGAAUGGACUUGCCGCUACAGAUGAGAUGUGCUUGGCUUUCCUGUAUUAUUACCCCAUGAUGAAGAUUUCCAAGUGUUUGAGCGCACCCAGUCAAGAAGCACUGCUGUCUUCCCUUGGUUCUUCCAGCAUACAGAAUGGUAUUGCCAAACUUAAUUCAGAGUCGUGGAACCAAAAGUUCAUUGAUUAUUACCAAAAUGUAGUGAAAGAAGUCCCUCAGCAUACAUACAUUCUGGCUCCUGGGGAAGAAAGAAAGGAAAAUACUGGAUUUAUCCGUGCCAUGUGGCCCAGUCCUAUGUCUAGCUGUGAGAAUUCAGCAAUCUCAAGUAGAAAUAACUGUAUGCUACUUAUUUUCUUCUUCUUACUGAUCCAAUGUAUUGGAGUCCUGUGAAUACUUUAAAAAAUCUGGUUUCUUACCACAGAAGAUGCAAAAUAUACAAUGUAGAAAAGCAUCUGGCUAUCAGACCCCAUACUGGUUAAAAUCCCCCUGUAACCCAUCCCUCCAGAAAAGGGCAGAUCUACAGAGCCAUUCAAAAUGUAACAUGUAUGUCUUUGGGAGGAAUCUACACCAAGCAAAAGGCCACACUCAGUCAUGAAAUCCUAUAAGCUCCACCCAGGCAGACUGAAAUUGAACCCAGGACACAAGCUCUGUGAGCCCGGAGUGCUAAAUCCAAUGCCGUGGAAUUUUUUGGCAAUAUAGUUUUGGAAGUGCCAAAUUUAAAAAUUAAUACACGCCAGAUACUGCAUUUGUAGUAAAAGUUACACAAACUCCACCCAUAGGUAAUUCUAUACACAAUUUUGUUGUGAAAUAAAGGGACUAAUGAUAUUCCAGACCCCACACACCUUGCUUUCAGUAUUUCAUCAUAUUACGCCAUAUUCUUUGAAACCACUUUUAAAUCAUAGAAUGCUCAACCAUUGCAGCUCAUACCUUUUUUCUAAUAGCAGCUGUAUUGCAAUAUUAAUUUAAAAAAUCAAAUAUUUGAUUCUUAGUCACUGGUUGGGUAUCUUUAGGUAUUGGUAUUAGAGUGGUAUGGCAAUUGUUACCAAAAGUGUAAUGCAAUGGGAAAAUUAUAAGAUUUUACAGUUGCCAGCGAGCUGCCAUAAGGGUAUCUUCAGGAAAAGCUCUGACAGGCUUGUUUGUUGAAUACAAACAUGUGAGUGGUAAGAAUAUGUACAGAAGUAAAUGUGUACAGAACAACUUAGGUAAUGGAAGAAAAUAGUUGCAUUGACAGAAAAACAGAAAGGUAAAAAGAUUGAAAGUUAAGGCUAGAAGAUAACUAAAAGUGAGGCAGAAAGACCACACAAAUACCACUAUUAACACAUCACAAUGGAGGUCAACAACCAUCAUAUAAUUUGGGUAAGCACACAGAUAAUGCAAAGGAAACCAUGCUCUGAACAAUCUGUAUUUUUACAUACAAAUCACAGAUCAUUUAAUUUUAAACAAGUGAGACUAAACAGUGGCCUAGGUGUUUACUAGGCCAUUGGAAAUUAUUUGCCAUUGGAAAUGAUUUAAAACAUUAAGUGGAUUGAUGAAUCCUGCUUCACAUGAAUGAAUCCUGCAUGUGUUGGAACGCUGAUGUGCUCUAUGAAAAGGAUUUUGGUCCAACAUGCAAAGAACAUUUUUUCCCGGGGACAUGCUGUAUGAAAUUAAUGAAAUGGGAUUUCCAUGUAAGAAACAAAGAGUAUAUUACUGUAUGUGCGGUAAUAUAUGUGUCAUGGUCAUGUGGUAAUAUGUGUCAUGUUAUGUAUGUAAUGUGCAUUUUAUACUGGGGUUAAAGAGCCUCUCUGAGUUGCAUGAAGUACCUGAAGGUAGGCAAGUGAGAAGGCACAAGCAGGCAUGAUAAACAGGCUGGUGCAGUAAUAACAAUCACGAAAACACAGUCCAGAGUCGUCGUCAAGAACACAGCCAAGUUUCUACUGAUUAUCACACUUCAAAACCUCAAAAGGGACGUCAGAGCAAAGUAAGGGUUGAGAAUCCAGGACAAAACACAAAGCAAGGAAUAUGAAAAAAGAGGGGAACGAAGCUUAGGCUCAGAUCAAAAUUCUAUAACAGAGCACAGAGCCCUGCCAAGGCAGAUCUUAAAUAGUCUGUUCCUCUUAAGUCAGGUGUGGUUCUAAAUUGGGCACAAGUGGAGCAGACUUCCAGCCGUGUAGUCAUGGCAACUGGCUGAUAGACAAGCGAGGAGAGAAAAAAUUUCAAACUUUUUCUUUUGUGUCACAUUACCCAAGAACUUUCCAAAAAACACAAAGAGCACUGGAAUAACCCAAUUUCAGAAUGAAAAAACAUCAGAACAUUUGAAGUGACUGACCAAUACACAACAAUACUGUUUCUGCCUCAAAA